AAAAGCGGAUGUGGUGUCGUUUGGCUUCCUACCCACCGACACUGACACGCAUUCACCGGUCGGCUCGGCGCAAUAUCAUCUUGUCCCACACCCAGCCCGGUGCACUUCUGUACCUCCCAGUCCUGGUUUAUGAUCGGCCGCUUGUUCGGUGUCGCGUCUCAGAGGGUUCCGAGCUUGUUGUACCGGGUGUCGCUGAUGAUGAAGCCGCAGGUUGUGUUCGUGCUGGGCGGGCCUGGCGCCGGCAAAGGGACCCAGUGCUCCAGGAUUGUCGAGGGCUACGGCUACACCCAUUUGUCAGCUGGAGACCUGUUGAGGGAAGAGCGAGCUAGAGAGGGGUCAGAGUUUGGACAGCUCAUUGCCAACUACAUCAAGGAGGGUAAAAUUGUCCCUGUAGAGAUCACCAUCAACUUACUCAGGAAGGCAAUGGAAGAGACCAUGCAGAAAGAUGAGAAAAAGUUCCGCUUCCUCAUAGACGGCUUCCCUCGCAACGAGGACAACCUUCAGGGUUGGAACUCUUCCAUGGAAGGCAAAGCAGAUGUCAAAUUUGUGCUUUUCUUUGACUGUGGCAACGAGGUUUGCAUCAACAGAUGUCUAGAAAGAGGGAAGAGCAGUGGGCGCACAGAUGACAACAGAGAAAGCUUGGAGAAAAGAAUCCAAACCUACCUGCAGUCUACACGACCAAUUAUUGACCUUUAUGAGAAACUUGGCAAGGUGCGCACUGUAGACGCCUCGCGUUCUGUGGAUGAGGUGUUUGCUGAUGUGAAAAUCAUCCUAGACAAAGAGGGUUGACUUUUUCCAGCUGCCAACAACAUUCAUUGACCUUUUUAGUACUUUUCUUUUUAUCAACUGCAAGUACACUAUGUCAUUCAUAUUUUUACUUUUGAUUACUUCUUUUUUUUCUUGUUGUUGUCCAUCUCUUUUUGUAAAUGCUGCACUGUUUGUUUCUAUGUGUGUAGAAUAUGUAUUGGUAUGAAUGAAGAGGGUACAACGCAGCUACUUGUGAUCAACUUAGUUAAUGUCCAGAAGAACUCACAGCAACAGCCUUUCACCAUAGUUAGAGGCCUGGAACAAAUUGAUCAUUUUAGUUUGACUUUUGUCAAUCAAAGACACUUCUAGUUCUGGAAACCUCUGAGAAAGGUAUACACUAUAUUACUAAUGUCUUCAUCACGUCACUGGAAGCACGCAUACUGCUUCAGACCAAAUAGUUGUUUGACCUGAUGACGACAGACCUGACAAAAUCAAGCCAACAGCCUCCAAAUAAAAUGCAUAAAACAUCUGUCUCAUGUUUAAUAGACAGCACUAUACAUGCACGACCCAUUGCUCAUGUGCCAUGUAGAAGUUACUGGUAUAUGUUUCUGUUAUGGCUCAUUGUUACUAUACCAGAACACCUCGAUGUGCUUCAUCACUGCUAUGAGAUUUGGGACUAGUCCAUGAGAAAAGAGGAAGAUAAAAAUGAUGAUUUUGUUUAAUCUGUACUGUAUCUACUUGAAGGAGGGAGUGGCAAAGUUACAAGUAAAAGCAAUGACUGAUUUUUUCUUUUGUUAAUUAAUUAAUGUUGAAUCUUUAUGCAAUACUUUGUGAGGGUCACCUGUUUUUAUGGUAUAUGCUUUCUUUUGUCGUAUAUAAGUAUAGUGUAGUCUACAUACAUUGAUUUUAGCAGAUCAACUGCUGUUGGUAUACAAGAUUUUAAAAAUUCACAAAACCCCAUGCACUUGGUAUCUUUCUUCCUUAUCAGCCAACAGGGGGCGCUUGACAUCGCAGUGUAAUUUGAUCACAUGGAGGAUGAAAAAUGACUCAAUAAAUAAACUCUGAAAUAAA